CCCCCCACCCCCACCAUGUUCCCCUCUCAAAAUGCCUGCUCCAUCGCCACUUCUUUCCUGCUGACGGGCAUCCCUGGACUGGAGUCUUUGCACAUCUGGCUAUCCAUCCCCUUUGGCUCCAUGUAUUUGGUAGCUGUGGUGGGAAACAUGAUCAUCCUGGCAGUGGUGAAAGUGGAACGCAGCCUGCACCAACCCAUGUACCUCUUCCUGUGCAUGUUGGCUGUCAUUGACCUGGUCCUGUCCACCUCCACCAUGCCCAAGCUGCUGGGUAUCUUCUGGUUUGAUGAUCGUAACAUUGGACUAGAUGCUUGCCUGGCUCAGAUGUUUGUCAUCCACUGUUUUGCCACUGUUGAGUCAGGCAUCUUCCUGGCCAUGGCUUUUGACCGCUAUGUGGCCAUCUGUGAUCCACUACGUCAUACCACGGUGCUCACCCAUGGCACGGUAGGCUGCAUGGGACUGGCUGCCCUUUUGCGGGGGGUGCUUUACAUCAGCCCCUUGCCUUUGAUGAUCCGUCUGAGACUCUCUCAUUACCGAACCCAGAUCAUUGCCCAUUCCUACUGUGAGCAUAUGGCAGUGGUGACCCUGGCAUGUGGGGACACAAAAGUCAACAACCUUUAUGGCAUGGGCAUUGGCUUCCUGGUUCUGAUCCUGGACUCCCUGGCCAUUGCUGCCUCCUAUGUGAUGAUCUUCCGGGCUGUGCUAGGACUGGCCACCCCAGAGGCCAGGCUCAAGACCCUGGGGACAUGUGGGUCCCAUAUCUGUGCCAUCUUAGUUUUCUACAUCCCUAUUGCUGUCUCCUCCCUCACUCACCGCUUUGGACACCAGGUGCCCCCCCACAUCCACAUCCUGUUGGCCAAUUUCUAUAUGCUCAUCCCACCCAUCCUCAAUCCUGUUGUCUAUGCUGUCCGAACCAAACAGAUCCGAGAGAGGCUUCUCCGAAUCCUGAAGGCAGGAGCUCAGCUCGGGUGA